CAGUCAACCUACAGUGUGACGGAUGUCAAGCCACUGGUAUCUGGAAACUGCUUACAAAUAGAUUGGAAGGACGGACACACAUCCACGUAUGAAUACGUUAGAAAUGGGCUAAUUUAGUUUACCAUUAUUUCGAACUUCCCGCAUUAGAGAUCAAGUGCUCAUAAUGCGAGAAGGUACAAGGAAAAAACCAGAGCGACCAGGGGUCUUUGAUGGGUUCCGGCACAUCUAUUUUUUAGGAAAAGAGAAUGCAAUUUUUAAGUUACGAUAUGUGUUGUCAUGUACAUGUAAUGUCUCUGAAAGUCCUUGGUAUACUCUGAGUCUGUUGAGUAGCGUUGUUCAUGCGAUGGACACCAUGUGUCAAACCGUCGCGUACAAGAGGCUUAAACCAAAAAAUGGAAAUAGACCUUUUCAGCUUGUAUGUCUCAAUUUAUUUUACCAUUUCAGACCACGUGAUGGUACCGCAAAGAACUUUUCCUUCAAAUUUUGUCCUAUACACGUACAUGCAUGUGCACAUGUAUGCACAAUUUACGAAACGACAAAGGCAAACUCCCUUGAGAAUAUCACGUUAACUGAGGUGGGAAACAAAACUUCCAAGCUAAAAAGAUGUAUUAUUAUAAAACAUUCGCCCUGAAAAGUGGUCCCGGUUGCUUACACAAGAUGGUAAUUUCCGUGGAGUUGCAACUAUAAGGCUAUGACUAGGAAUAUUUUGUGAUCUGGAUUGCUGACCAAAACGAGUUAAAUAUGAUAGAACAAGGACGAGGCAUUGUCAGUGUGGGUGUGCUUGUUUGUGGGAGGGCUUGCACCUCCUCCCAUCAUUUUGUGACUUUCAGUGGAGGCCUUAAAACGAUCCACUGGCAAAAGCCAACGGUCAAUUCUAAACAGUCAAUUGAUGAAUAUCGAUUUCACAGAAAAAAAUUAUUAUACGUACAGCUGUACAUACAUUUACACGAUUACAACUUUCAAAACCUCCGUUCUCAAAUAGCUACUAGGUUAAUCGUGCUGUAACAACUAACAGUAGAUUCGGAAAACUACACAAGUCAUUUCCCUUUUUUUGGUUAAUAUACUAUAUGUUUAAAAUUAAAUAUGUUCAUUUCUUUUAAAAUCGAUCUUAUUCUUUUGUUCAUUAACUUAUUUAAGGUUCCACAGUUGUUGGCUGCGGCUUUGUUGCCAAUGUGAUAAGUGCAAGCAAUCAAAUAGUGGUCAGAGGACUAUUAAUGUCUCAUCUCUUCCUGACGCAAUAAAACUAUCAAGUUUUUCAAUUUCCGGUAAGUGGGCGUGAGUUAUUAAGCAUAUAGGUACAGUUGUUAUAUGUCUCACAAGUUUCAAACAAGUUGAUUUCAUUAUGUACCGUACAUUGUACUAUUCAAGGCUUUUGUAGACGUUUACUGAAUAACCCGUUAAAGUAAAAUCCUCAGCUUUAUUAUGCUUACUGUUCUUAACAUAUACGAAUCACUAUGGAGUAAGACAUAUAGACAGCCUUUUUAUAGCUAAGAAAAAAUUCGAUUACAAUCACCAUUUUUUUUUCAAAUGUGUUGUGACAGGCAAAUCAUUAACUUGGGCCUUUUAAUAUAACCUUAGCUGUAAAUUGAUUGUGAUUUUUCUUUCUAUUGUUAUACAAAGUAUUAUCGAUAUCCAUAGGUAGAAAACAGAAUAUUUUAACCGCAGAUAGAUUGACUUAUACAGUAGAGCACCGACCUGCAGAGUGGGAUGUCACAAGUUCAAUUCUUGGGAUCAGAACAAUACUCAAGGUCUUAAAAUAGCUUACUAAUUUCUUCUUCUCUUUUUUUUUCAGAAAAUAAGCAAAAUCUCCUUUUGGCUUGGGAACUUGAAAAUGAUCAUCAGGGAGUGCUUAACUUAAAAUGGCUAAGAGAAAAUUGUUACUCUGAACCAGCAAGGAAGAUACAAAGUGAAAUGAGAAGGACACAGCCACAUUUAGGACAGGUAUUUAGCUCUCAUGACAACAAUCAGACAAAGAAGCUUAGAAUAGGUGAAAAAUUACUGAUUUACUACGAAGAGAUGUAUAAAACUUAUAAAAAGAGUGAAAGAUACACUAAUUAUCAAAUUAUACUUUCACAAUAAUACAUUUGUUAAGUUGUAAUUAUCAAAACCUCUUUACUACAACAUUUAGUUAUAAUACAUGAUAAGUCAACAUGUAUCGGCAUGAUACUGUGAUCAUACAGUCAAAAUGUCUACUAAGGAUGUUGACUCCAACAGACUUCUGUUUAAUCACUAUUUAACAGCACAGCCUUCCAGAGGUGAAGUAUAGUGAAAUGAUGGAAACUAAGGAAGGUCUCUGGAAGUAAGUUCCCUCUAUUGUGUGUAUCAAGGACCCAAUAAAUGAUUGUAAUCAUCAUUCCUAAAGUAUAUAUUGUUUGAUUUACAGGUUGAAUACAAGCACCGUAUAAAAUUCACUAACAGCCCUGAAAUCAAUAUUGAGCUCAGGAUAUAAGCCCUCUAGAAAUAAAGCUAUCACUAUUUCUUCUUUAACAUUUGUAAGCCAUGUAUAAUCUAUGAGAUUCUCGAUAAUUGACUAAUUAUUGACUGGAAAUCCAUUAGUGUAAUUACUGUAAAUAUACAAGGAGCCUUGUCUAGACCUCAUUCGUUCAGGCAGUUUUACGUUUGCAACACUAGUUGACAGAUAGUAUUUUAAGUAUAGAGCGUUCUUUUGUCCCCCAUAUCUUUGUAUCGCGUUCUGUUAAUGUUAGUUUAAUAUCUAACCAUCAUGUGUUUCCUGCUGUAUUUAAGAAUGCUUUGCCAACUAAGUGAUCAUGGGGUGUCAUUGGUAAAAAAAGUGCCAAUUGAUGACGAGGAAACUGUUCGUAAGGUUUGUGAAGCUAUAGUUACCAUAAUAUCUGAAGUUAGAUAGUCAACAUGCAUUCUCUCAAGAGCUACUAUUCUGACACAGUUCAUUCAUCUAGUUUUGAUCUGAAUUUUAAGCUGUAAUUAUUAAACACGUCACCCGAUCAAAACGAAAAGACUCUACAAAAUGUGCAAAUGUUAGCUGUCAGGCAAAGUAGCACAUAGAUUUUGAUGCAAGAUAAUGUCCAGGGCCCGGUUGCAUAAAACCUACACUUAAGUGCCCACUUAAGUAGGUCACUUACGAAUCCGUUAUGGGUACACUUAAGGGUGUUGCAUGAAACGCACUUAGCACUCUCGUAAGAUACUGUUUUACUUGGUAACUUACGGGCUCACUUAAAGGCACACGUAACUUUGAUAUAGUUCUUUAUUAAUGACUGACUCUUUUUUUUUAAAGGUAACUAUCGAUGAGUGUAAAGAAAGUUUUAAGUCGUUUCGAACACUUUUAAGCCUCUCCAAAAAAUGAAAUUUGCAUGCAAUCGUUUUUUUUUUCGUCGAUGUCUACUGAAAAUGAUAAUUCUUCUUCUUAAUCUUUUCACAACGUCGGCUUUAAAGUGUACAUCAGAAAACGCAUUAGAACGAAUUACGUGAAGGAAAAUUACUGUUUUUCACUUCUCAGUAAAAGAUCUCGUUAACUUUAGUAAAAACAGUAACGAUACGGGACCCACAUAGGUCCCGUAAAUUUACGUGCUAUUUUUCCCUUAAAAAAGUUUUAUGCAACACCCGUAAUUUCUUUGCAUAAACGACACUUAAGUGAACACUUACGAAAAUCGUAAGUGCAACCACUUAAGUGAAUUCCCUAAGUGGACCACUUAAUUGAUUUCAUGCAACUGACUUAAGUUACGAUUGCACGUACGUGUACCCGUAGUUGUUACGGACGUUUUAUGCAACCGGGCCCAGGGGAAUAUUGUUUAAAAUUUUCUUUUUUUAUCCAUCAGGUUGCUAGAAGAAUGGGACCUCCUCAGGAAACCAUUUAUGGAUUGGUUAGUGCUAAUAACUGCAUUGAAAAGCGAUAUUCCAUGAGUGGUUAUAGUGGCUGAUGAUGAUCUCAGCGUUAAGUGGUACUGUCUUUUUUAGACAUUUAAUGUGCUGAGUGUUCCUAAUCCAAUCAAUAUUGCGUAUUCUGAUGUUGAAUUGGCUCUGCACAUGGAUCUGAUGUAUUAUGAGUCUCCACCUGGACUUCAGCUUCUUCACUGCCUAAGGUAUAAAGCUAAAUUCUAAAUCAUUGUUCAGAAACUUUAACGGGUGCAUUGCAACCGAGACACUUCGUUCCACUGCGUCCUCUAACAAGUGCUAUAAUGCCGCCGCCCAGUUAGCUCAAUUGGAUAAGUGCCGGUCUGGGCCCGGUUGCAUAAAACCUACACUUAAGUGCUCACUUAAGUAGGUCACUUACGAAUCCGUUAUGGGUACACUUACGGGUGUUGCAUGAAACGCACUUAGCACUCUCGUAAGUUUCUGUUUUACGUGGUAACUUACGGGCUCACUUAAGGGCACACGUAACCUUGAUAUAGUACUUUAUUAACGAUUCACUCUUUUUUUUUAAGCUAACCAUCGGUGAGUGUAAAGAAAGUAAAAUUCGUUUCCAACACUUUUAAGCCUCUCAAAAAAUGAAAUUUGCAUGCAAACGUUAUUUUUCUUCAAUAUCUACUGAAAAUGAUAGUUCUUCUUCUUUUUUCACAAAAGUGUACAUCAGAGGUUAACAAAGCGCAUUAGAACGAAUUACGUGAAGAAAAAUACUUCUUUAAACUUCUCAGUAGAAGAUCUCGUUAAAUUUAGUAAAAACAGUGACGAUACGGGACCUAUAUAGGUCCCGUAAAUUUACGUGCUAUUUUUCCCGUAAAAAAAGUUUUAUGCAACACCCGCAAUUUCUGUUGCAUAAACGACACUUAAGUGAACACUUACGAAAAUCGUAAGUGCAACCACUUAAGUGAAUUCCCUAAGUGGACCACUUAAGUGAUUUCAUGCAACUUACUUAAGUUACGAGUGCACGUACGUGUACCCGUAGUUGUUACGGACGUUUUAUGCAACCGGGCCCUGGCGAGUGGGAGCCGGUCGCGGGUUCAAAUCCGGCCCUACCAACACACAGGGUCUCAAAAUAACUGAGGAGAAUGUGCUGCCUUUGCUGUGACAUCUACAAAUGGUUAGACCUGAUUCUAGUCUUCUCUGAUAAGGACGACAAACCGUAGGAUCCGUCUCACAGCUCUUUCACGGUUGUCAUUCUUUUGGGACGUAAAAGAACUCACGCCGCUGUUCGUUGGAAGAGCAUGAGGCGUAGACCCCAGUGAUGUGUAAAAACUCAGUUUCAUGGGCUAGGUGGGUAUUGAAGGGGUUGAUAUCAUUGGGAAGCAAGUCCUGUUUCAUCCUCUGUCAUCGUUUUGAGUCACCGCAUCGAAUUCAAUAAAGCUAAAGCCGGAACAUUAAUGCCAUUUGUCUAUGCUUAGAUUUGAUCCAGAAGUUGAAGGAGGCGAGAGCAUAUUUGUAGAUGCUUUUGAGGUUGCUAAGGAUUUAAGAAAACAGUUUCCUGAUGACUUCAAUAAUCUUGUGCGUAUACCAGCAACAUUUCAGAAAAUACACUUUGAAAGGUAUCUGUUCUUACUUUUAAAUUUUCAUCUUUAUCACAACCACUAAAAAUGUCUAUAGGAAUAAUCUAACACACUAUAAGCUUAAUCUGACAUCCAGAAAACUUUUUUUAAUGAGCUAAGCUUUUCGUUGUUGUUCUCCUCUUUAUGUUGCAGGGAUUAUCCUGUCAAGCUAGUGUACAAAAGACCACAUGUUGUUCUUAAUCCAGACAAUGAGGUACAAUGAGUUAUUUUUUUACUCUGUAGGUACCCGUUAAAUAUUUACAAAGUUAAUCAACAGUACCAACAAUACCAACAGUAUGGUUGAUUUGCGCUUGUGUAGCUGUACCGAUUUGGCGCCAAAAAUGCAGUCGCGAAGGACCUGGCGACGAAUUAGCAUUUUUGUAUAAAAUAGGCGUAAUGCAUUUUUAAUUAGACUCGCCUUGCAAUCAACCGGACACAACCGUUGAAAGAUAAUGUAAAGAGCCGUGUUAAGAUGUGUGGAUUACCCAACAGAAUUGUAAGUAGCAUUUCGCUGCGAAUAUUUCAGUCUUUAAGUGCAGUUUCAUACUUAAAACGCAAAUCUUUCAUUUGCUUUGCAGUUUGACUGUUGCCGAUUAAGUUACCGUUGGCAACCAGUUCAGAAAUAAAGUGGUUAUCUGUACAUCGUUGUAGCCUUCAAAUUUAAGUAACGCUUCGCUACGUAAGCGCGAAUCAAUGGUUCAUGUAGUGCCUUCCUAUGGCACUCUAUUUUCCAAAUGUGACUAGAAAUUAGGUUCAAGUGGGAUGGAGUCGCGAGAGGGUUCUAUGCUAUUUAACGUUAGGGCGUAUUCAUUCAGAACCUUAAAACAAACACUCGUUUUACUUGUACCCCAUUGACAGCUUCCACGGAGUGUCCAUGGAUUUCCAUAGAAUUCCAUAGAGUAUCCGUAGGUUUCAAAAAUUUUAGUAGAACUUUCAUGGACUUUGGACUGUGACUCUAUGGAAUUCGAUUAAGCAAAUAACCAGCCAGUCAACCACAUUUUCAUGUCUGCGAAUUUUAAUUUGACAGAGAAAGAGAAAUAAAAAAGUUGCUUUUGAAAAUAAUACUUACGUUUAAAUGAUACAAUGAAAUGGUAUCUUCUAUUUACCUAUACUGAAGCCCAGCAGUAUCAAAACGGAAUUGCUGAAUUUCAAGAGAUGUUUGUAACAAAAACCCAGACCCAACAGGCUGGUUCUUUGGGUCCAUCUUCACACAACACGUUUCUGUUAUUAUUGUUCUUUGCAUUUCUUUAGUGGAAAGUACUGUAACUUCAGGAACUGUCGCAUGAUAGGACUUUUAUAAUGACUGCUGCCCUUUUUUCUUGGUUAUUUUUAGAUUGUAGCUGUCAACUGGUCUCCAGCUUUUGAGGGUCCUUUAUCUGUACCAGAGGUGAGCAUCCCCACGCCAAAAAGAGAGGGUCAUCAGUGUUAUACCCCGGCCAUAGUAGUUCCCACCAUGAACACAUAA